AUGGCUGGCAGUACUCUCGCUAUGCGCUCCAGCAUGGUCACUCCGUCUACCAUGCGCAUCUCGUCGUUCUCUCGUGUUGCCCGGCCCUUGCGCUCCAAUGGCUUCCUCCAGCAGCAGUCCUUCCAGCGCGCCGCUGCCCGUCGCACUUACGCUGACGCUGCCCCCGCUCCCACCCCGACUCCCAAGCCCAAGAAGAAGUUCCGCUUCCUUCGAUGGACAUGGCGCCUGACCUUGUUGACUGGUGCCGGUCUCACCGGUAUGCUGGCGUACAGUAUCUAUGAGCUGCGGCAUCCGAUUGAGCAGAUUGAGCCUGAUCCGUCUAAGAAGACCCUUGUCGUUCUGGGCACCGGUUGGGGUUCUGUUUCCCUGCUGAAGAAGCUCGACACCGAAAACUACAAUGUCAUCGUCAUCUCUCCCCGCAACUACUUCCUGUUCACUCCUUUGCUCCCCUCGUGUACCACCGGUCUGGUUGAGCACCGCUCCAUCAUGGAACCUAUCCGCAAUAUUCUCCGCCAGAAGAAGGGUGGUGUCCGCUUCUACGAAGCUGAGGCUACCAAGAUCGACUACGAGAAGCGCGUUGUCUACAUUAGCGAUGACUCAGAGAUCAAGGGUGAAAUCUCGCACACUGAGGUGCCGUUCGACAUGUUGGUCGUUGGUGUUGGUGCUGAGAAUGCUACGUUCGGUAUCAAGGGUGUCAAGGAGAACUCUUGCUUCUUGAAGGAAGUCGGCGACGCCCAGAAGAUCCGCAAGCGCAUCAUGGACUGUGUCGAAACCGCCAUGUUCAAGGAUCAGACUGAAGAGGAAGUCAAGCGACUUUUGCACAUGGUUGUCGUCGGUGGUGGUCCCACUGGUGUCGAGUUCGCUGGUGAGAUCCAGGACUUCUUCAACGAGGACCUUAAGAAGUGGAUUCCCGAGAUCAAGGACAACUUCCACGUCACUCUUGUCGAGGCUCUCCCCAACGUGCUUCCCAUGUUCUCCAAGCAGCUGAUCGACUACACCGAAUCUACCUUCAAGGAGGAAUCCAUCACCAUCCGUGCCAAGACCAUGGUCAAGAACGUGACCGACAAGUUCAUCCAGGCCGAGGUUACUAAGCCCGACGGCUCCAAGGAACUGGAGACUAUCCCUUACGGUCUGCUCGUCUGGGCCACUGGUAAUGCUGUCCGCAACGUCGUCCGCGACCUCAUGAAUCAGAUCCCCGCCCAGAAGAACUCGCGCCGCGGUCUUGCUGUGAACGAGUACCUGGUCGUCAACGGCGCAGAGAACGUCUGGGCCGUCGGCGACUGCGCCAUCACCAAUUACGCCCCCACCGCCCAGGUUGCCAGCCAAGAGGGCGCCUUCCUGGCCCGUAUGUUCAACACCAUGGCCAAGACGGAGGCCAUUGAGAAGGAACUGCAGCACUUGUCCGAGAUCCAAUCUCAGGCCAAGAACAACGACGAGCGGAACAGCGUCUUCGACGAGAUCCGUGAGCGCCAGAAGCAGCUCCGCCGUGUUAAGCAGAUCGGUCCCUUCCAGUACUCGCACCAGGGUAGCUUGGCGUACAUUGGAAAGGAGCGUGCCGUUGCGGACAUCAGCUGGUUGAGUGGUAACAUUGCCAGUGGUGGUACCAUGACCUAUCUGUUCUGGCGUAGUGCCUACCUGAGCAUGUGCUUCAGCACCCGUAACCGCGUUCUUGUCACCGUUGACUGGAUCAAGGCCAAGCUGUUCGGUCGUGACGUCUCUCGGGAGUAA